GUAUGGGCUGGGCACAGGGCAAUAGGCUGGAGUCUACUAUAACUUUGACCACUGAAUUUAUUUCAUAGCUUUGACUGGUUUGUUCUUGUAGUAGUAAAACCUACUGGACUCAUACAGAGACUGGAGUCGGGUCUUUUUUAGUUGUAGUCAUGUAGGUCAGAAUUAAAAGUGUAAAAAGUGUAAGCUGAGCUGGAACGCUCGUCGUGUUGUUUUUGUUGUUGUUCCAGCUAUCGUUAGCUAGCCACGGCUUGGGAGUCUAACGCGAAGUAGAAAGCCAGAUAACGGUAGCUUACUGAGUUUUUACUUAUUCUCUUUUUUCCUAAAAUGAGCGCCGUGGAUGAAAUAGUUUUCGCAAAACCAUCAAGAAAAUGUUUUGACCUCAUUAAUGGCUCCUGCAUUCACUGAGCUCAAUGAUGCUGCCGAGAAAGAAAAGUAAAAACGAAGCGUCCAAGCCAGCAGAGGUUCAGGGGAAAUAUGUGAAGAAGGAGACUUCCCCUAUGCUCAGGAAUCUAAUGCCCUCGUUUAUCCGUCACGGGCCGACGAUUCCGCGACGAGCAGAAGUGCCGUUGUCAGAAGCCCCAGCGGUACCUGGUGCCGGAGUGUACCCCUUGGGUUCAGCGGCAGCGACAGAAGCAGGUGGACGGAAGAGUUUCCUGCGCAAUGCAACACCUCGGCCCCAGCACGAAGUUUCCCGCCGGGACAGCCAUCGUCUGUCUGCACCCACAUAUCUUCCACGCUCGCUCCCUGAACUUCCUCACGACUACUCCACUUCGACCCCGUCGUUCAUCAGCGAUAGUGGCCCGAUAGCUGAGAACGGAGAUGUGGCUCGUUACUACUAUCCCCCCGAGGCUUACUACGAUAACCAGCCCAGGCGCACACGUCGACCCGAUCACUUCCACGACGAUUACAGAUAUUACGAGCACAGCGAAAUUAAUUAUCCACGAGGCCCUACACAGCCUCAGACGCCCCAGCCUCACAGUCGGCCUCCUGCAGCUAUUGGACGCAUGCAGGCGAAGUCUUUGGGCAAUCUGGCGAGUUUGAGUGCAGAGGAGAUGGCCCUUCCACCUGGUUGGACGGUUGAUUGGACGAUUCGAGGCAGAAAGUACUUCAUCGACCACAACACAAACACAACUCAUUGGAGUCACCCGCUGGAGAGGGAGGGGCUUCCACCUGGCUGGGAGAGGGUGGAGUCUGCAGAGUUUGGAGUUUAUUAUGUUGAUCACAUCAACAAACGUGCCCAAUACAGGCACCCAUGUGCUCCCAGUGUUCCACGCUAUGACCAGCCUCCGCCCAUACCUCCUCCAAUCACGUACCAGCCCCGUCCCCCAGAGCGGAAUCAGCCAGUGCUAGUGCCAGCAAACCCCUACCACACUGCCGAGAUCCCAGACUGGCUGCAGGUCUAUGCCAGAGCACCUCUGAAGUAUGACCACAUCCUGAAGUGGGAGCUGUUCCAGCUGAUGGAUCUGGACACGUAUCAGGGCAUGCUAAAGCUGCUGUUCAUGAAGGAGUUAGAGCGCAUCGUUAAAUCGUACGAAGCUUACCGUCAGGCCCUGCUCACCGAACUCGACAUGCGCAAACAGCGUCAGCAGUGGUACGCUCAACAGCCAACCAAAAACUUCCCUCACAACAUGUGAACUGCAGGACACCGCCAUCCGGUAACACGCGUGCCUUAAUACGGACGCUGUCAGGCCUUCACACGUGUCUCGGUGUGUGUCUCAGCAGUGUACAUCAGUGUCAAGUGUGGACCGCACACAUACACACUUACACUCUGACAUAUAACAGAUGCUUAUAGGUUGCUCUCAGACUGCACAAGAAUAAAAGCGAGAGUUGCACACCUA